UGUAGGGAGGAGGGGUUGAAGUUUAGGGUUUGCGUCUCCUUUAAGAGCCAGAGAAAGGCGCCGCCCUGUUACGCAGCGUGAGACUGAGGAGGAGUCACGUGCUGUCCAUGCCGCGUCUCUGGUGUUACUGACAGGGAGUGACGUUUGGCGCCUCGGUGCUGACAUCUGGCGGCCGCUGGCGGACAUUACACAAUAAAUACAGACUCGCUGAAAUCCCGGCGCAGAUAAUCCGUCAGUCGCUCAGGAAAUAAACACAAGACAUUGAAGCUCCAUAAAUCCGACGCUACGAACUGCCCCAGUGUGUAUAAUAGGGACAAGCAGACGAUCUAACCCUCUAUCUCCCGCCCCAUAUUUUUCCUCCGCCACUUCCGGUCUGACAACGCAUGCGCACUGGAAAUACUCCGAGCAGCGCUCUGGUGUCCCCUGGUGUCUCUGUGACGUCCCCGAGUGACACUUCCUGUGUGGGUUUUUGUUUUCCAGUGACACUUCCUGUGUGGGUUUUUGUGUUCCAGUGACACUUCCUGUGUGGGUUUUUGUGUUCCAGUGACACUUCCUGUUUGUGUUCCAGUAAAACUUCUUGUGUGUGUUUGUGUUCCAGUGACACUUCCUGUGUGGGUUUUUGUGUUCCAGUGACACUUCCUGUGUGGGUUUUUGUGUUUCAGUGACACUUCCUUUGUGCGUCUGUCUUCCAGUGACACUUCUUGCGUGUGUUUGUGUUUCAGUAACACGUCUUGUGUGGGUUUUUGUGUUCUAGUGACAAUUCCUGUGUGCCUUUGUGUUCCAGCAACACUUCUUGUGUGUGUUUGUUUUCUAACACUUCCUGUGUGGGUUUUUUGUGUUCCAGUGACACUUCCUGUGUGAGUUUGUGUUCCAGUGACAAUUCCUGUUUGUGUUCCAGUAAAACUUCUUGUGUGGGUUUUUGUGUUCUAGUGACAAUUCCUGUGUGCCUUUGUGUUCCAGCAACACUUCCUUUGUGCGUUUGCGUGUGUUUGUUUUCUAAUACUUCCUGUGUGGGUUUUUUGUGUUCCAGUGACACUUCCUGUGUGGGUUUUUUGUGUUCCAGCGACACUUCCUUUGUGCGUUUGCGUGUGUUUGUUUUCUAAUACUUCCUGUGUGGGUUUUUUGUGUUCCAGUGACACUUCCUGUGUGGGUUUUUGUGUUCCAGUGACACUUCCUGUGUGUUCCCGGAGCCGCCAUGCCCAAGUGCUUUGUCCAGAGCUGCCCGCACUACACGGGAAGGAAUGGAAAACCGGACAACGUUAUACUGCACACAUUUCCGAGGUGCAAGAAGCAAGUCCAGGUGUGGCUGUCAAGGACUGGAGAACGAUAUGAAAAUAUGGCGGAGUUUGUGACGUACAUCACCCAAAGGUGCAGCAAUUUCCGCAUGUGCUCAGAGCACUUUACAGACGACUGUUACAUCACGGUGGAGGGCAAGAGGCGGCUAAAGGAGAACUCUGCCCCAACUAUAUUCAAAACAACAUUUCGUCAGAACGCUCGAGUCUCUAAGAAGAGGCAGCUGUAUGUGACCUCCACCAGCUUAUUUGCACCCACCCCUGCUUCACCCUCCCCUGCUGCACCCACCCCUGCUCCACCCACCCCUGCUCCACCCACCAGGAAGGAUGCAUCGACACAAACAGAAGGGGUUCCCAUGUUAAGUGCGGAAGUGCAAUUCCCGGAAGAUGUGAUCUGUGAGCAAAAGGACUCUAUUGGAAAGGACCAUUCUUACAGUAACCCUUUGUCUGACUUACCCUUUAAAUCAGCACCAAGAAAAGACCUAAUGACCUCGACUGAUGUUGAACAAAAUGAGCCAAUUGGAAAGUUAAAGGAUAACAACAAUGGAGGAGUCGCUGAUCUCUGUAAUGUACAAUAUAAAAUAUAUAUGGAUAUUGCUCAGGAGCAAGAGCCAAGUUGUCCUUCUAUGAAAGAUAAUGAAAGACACAUGUUGGAGUCUGACAUUUCAGAGGAAUCCCCGACUGUCACCGAUUCUCAGGAUCUGCUCAGAAUUCCAUCGGGAAAAUUACAAAAUUGCAGUGGGACUGUGAAUGCAGGAGGAUAUUUUCCCAUCAUGCCACCAAAUAAUGAAGCAGACUGUCCCGCAAAUCCUGGACCCAACGUUAUAGACCCCUCACGCUGUGACAAAACGGUCACCUUUUCGCAGUGUGUGUGUGGGAAAUGCCCAGCGAUGCCAACCCAAGUACAAAGCCUUUGUUGCCGUGAGGUCCCGCCCAUUCACAACAAAAUGUCUGACACUGUUUGCUGCAUAACUUCUCUCCCCGACUUCUACUGGACUUGUCUGGAUAAAGGCCACAUUCACCACUGCUAUCAGAUGGCUAAUAAAACACUAAAGAAAUCGCCUCCACUUCCUAUUUACCAACGUGGACUUCGGAUAAUCGCUUAUCGGAUCUUCACCGUAUGGAUUUAUGGGUACUUGGGUGCCUCGAACAGGAGACCCAUCCCACCGUGUGUAGUGGAGGCCAUACGCAACGCUUUUCCGGAUCCAGAUGGAUAUUAUGCAGGAUCCCGUUAUCUGCAGGAUUUCUUUGCCGAGGACAUGGCAGUAGAUUAAAGUUAGACAAUUUGAUAUUUGUGUCACAUGGAACAGAGUGAUUGUAAUAUUUAAAGUGAAAAUUCCCCCCCCCCUCCUAUUUGACAUGAGCUCAUUCAGUUGCAUUAUGUGGAAAAGACGUAGAAACGCUGUCUGACCUGCCAGAAAUAAAGUUGAAUUUUUGGUGUA